GGCGGGGUCGGCGCUGCUAGGGAAGAGCUGCCGCCCGGCCAAGAUGCUGCUGGACUUGUCGGAAGAGCAUAGGGAGCACCUGGCCUUCCUCCCGCGAGUGGACAGCGCGGUGGUCGCCGAGUUCGGGCGGAUUGCUGUGGAGUUCCUGAGGCGAGGCUCGAACCCCAAAGUCUACGAAGGCGCCGCCAGAAAGCUCAAUGUGAGUAGUGACACUGUCCAGCAUGGUGUGGAAGGAUUGAUCUAUCUGCUCACGGAGAGUUCCAAGCUCAUGAUUUCUGAGCUGGAUUUCCAAGACUCUGUUUUUGUUUUGGGGUUCUCUGAAGAGUUGAACAAAUUGCUGCUCCAGCUUUAUCUGGACAACAGGAAGGAGAUCAGAACUAUCCUGAGUGAACUGGCCCCGGACCUUCCCAGUUACCACAGCCUCGAAUGGCGCCUAGAUGUGCAGCUGGCCAGCAGAAGUCUCAGGCAACAGAUCAAACCAGCAGUGACCAUGAAGUUACACCUGAAUCAGAACGGGGAGCGUGCCACCGAGGUUCUACAGACGGACCCAGCCACGCUGCUGCAUCUGGUGCAGCAGCUGGAACAAGCAUUGGAGGAGAUGAAGACAAACCACUGCAGGAGAGUGGUCCGCAACAUUAAGUAGGACGCUCGGAGGCACGCGUGCCGUGUAAUCCACAGCAGCUGUUUCUCAGAGUUCUUCAACGUGAUACGUCUUGUUCCGUGACAUUUCUUCUCCUAUUCCAGGAUACUAACAAGUUCAUUUUCCUGAUCCUAAAUGUGGCCAGCUACUUCACAGAUUCUGCCGAAUUUUGUAUUUUAUUAUGUAAAUAGGAUUGCAUCAACUAGAAAUGCAUCUGUUUUGUUCAUAUCUUCUGAUUCUAGAAAUGAAUAGCCUGUUUUUGGUACUUGCUUUGACUGCUUUUUCUUUUCCUCUUUACUAAUCAAAGUUUACAAGUAAAGCAGUGCAAUACUAUUUGCUACUAUCCAGAAUAUUUCCACAGUUUAAUUUUUUUUAAAUUUUCAAAUCACCUCAUGAUGUUAAUAGCCACAGAAUAAUUAAAAGUAAAUGUAAUUUUCUAAAACACUGCAUUGUUAUGGGCAGUUUGCGCGUUUUUUUCUUCGUGUGGGAACAUGAUGAACCUGACCUGUUGCCCAAGUUUGUGUUGUCAUGGCCACUUGGUUUAAAUAGUCCUCUUAUUGGUGUCUUAUAAAGGGACUGAUUUUUUUCCCCAUAACCCAAGCAUCUAAAAGACAUGCUGCCAUUCUACCCUGCAAAUAUUGAGUGGAGUCGUACAGUCAAUUGUUGAUUACCUAGAUCCUACGGUCAUUUUUUAAUUUGAAUGAACUAUAAAAGGGGGAAGGAAGACUGUUUUAUUACAUUACAGGCAAAUUUCCCUUCUAUGCAGAUUUGAAUGUUUUAUUUUUUUUAGUAGGCAACUGAAAGUUAUUGGCCUAAAAAAACUCCUGGCUUGUGGUUGGGUCAGCCUGAGAAACUGCAGAAAUCAGUGGCAGGGUUUAAGGAUAGGCAGUAGCUGGAAGGGCGGACAUGAGAAUUCAUUCGUAGCCAGGUAUCCAGAGCCUUGCCCUUAGACCCACGUUGCCAUGGAGACGCCUGGGUGAUCCUGCAGAAUGAGCUUUAUGCUCUAUCAAAACCAUGCUUCCUAAGAAUUAGAAAGUGUGCCGGGUAAGAAUGACAUUGGGUUUCUUUCUCUUUGCAAAAGAGAGGACCUAGCAGGGUCAGAAGGCAGUGGGAGACACACACACUUAAAAUUGCUACUCCUUGUCCCUUGCAGGCAUGUGGAGCUCUUUUCCUACAGGUCACAGUCUAUCAUUGUAAAGCAACUGUAUUGUUAGCACUAGUUUUCAAUUAUUGUAACAGCUUGAUUAAUGAAGUUAUCAUGGCCUCAGAAAGCAAAAGGAAAAUUUACACGUUGCAGAGAAAUAUAUAUCAAAUAAAUUAAAUAUAAUUAUGUUUAAAGGCAACUUUCCUGCCAGGCUUCUAUGAUAAAAAUAGCUGUCUGCGGCUUAUUUGCCCACAUUGGCUAGAAGAUAAGCAGGGCUGAUCCAGCCAAGACUGAAACAAUGGCCCUGUGUUGACUGCAAGCAAAGCGAGAGUGCCCGUGCUAGGCCUGUCACGUUUGUGUCUGACUCUGCUUCUCUGUCUAAACUCUCCCUCCUCCUGGGAUGCUCUGCACUCUUCCCCUUUGGAGCCAGGGUGAGUUGGGAGCAGUCUCUACUUUUUUGAAGAAUCUGGAACUCACCUUUUGGUGCACGCAAUUGAAUGUGCCUCUUUGAUUUCUUGUUGAAGCACUCCGCUUCCUUGUGCUGUCUCCUGUUUGGUUUAUGCAACAUUUGAUACAUUUUUUAAUAGCUGGUUUGAGAUAGGUUUUUCUUUUUUUCUCUUUUUAAGCUU